AUGACCGAAUUAUUAGGUCACAAUAAUAAUCUAAUUAGCAAUACAAUUACUUCUCCAAAUGAUCUGUUACAAAAUUACCAUACUCAAAUCGCGGUAGCUCACCAGUACCUUCACCAAUCCAAAAGAAUGGGAAAUAGAAAAGCGGUAUUGUGGUAUGCCUAUUAUUUAGGUGAAAUUUUGGAAAAUAUGCCACCUGAAGAAAGACCGUCUUGUUCCAAGCAACUUUCCCGAUACUAUAACACUGCAGCUGUUCGAACUUAUUACAUUUUUCGUAAGUGGGGAACUGCCCAAAUCAACCAAACCACGAAGUUAACAUUGUCAAUGGUCUAUGAACUGAAAGUAAGAGACUAUCAGACUAUAGUAAAUUAA